UUUUGAGGGAUUCCUAGAGGAUAGACGUGGAUUCCCAAUCCCCAUUUUGUCUUAUCCAAAAGAAAAAAUGUAUUGGUGAAAGCAAAAUGGACGAGGAAAGGCAUGGCCAGAAGCUUCCUCAAGUUUUGGUUCUAAGUCCUCCCUGGAUAUUAUCAACUCUGGAAUCCGAAUUCCCAAACAAAUUCCAUUUUCUAAAGCCAUGGAAUUCCAAACUCCCCCUAGACCAAUUCCUCACUUCUUAUGCACAAUCCAUAAAAGCCAUGAUCAUUCCUAUCAUUCACACACUCAACUCCGCCAUUCUCGACCGUCUCCCCUCGCUGAAGCUCAUCGUUACUACCAGCGCCGGUGUCGAUCACUUGAACUUGGCCGAGUUACAUGGCCGUGGGAUAGCCAUUGCCUAUGCAGGAAAUUUGUUCUCUGAAGAUGUGGCCGAUAUGACGGUUGGAUUACUCAUCGAUGUCCUAAGAAAGAUAUUGGCGGGAGACCGGUUCGUGAGGCAACACCUUUGGCCUACUAAACCGGAUUUUCCUCUCGGAUUAAAGUUGAGUGGCAAGCAAAUUGGGAUCGUUGGAUUGGGAAAAAUAGGCUCUGAAGUUGCCAAAAGGCUAGAGGGUUUUGGAUGCAAAAUCUCAUAUAACUCAAGAACCAAAAAGCCAUUAGUGCCAUACUCCUACUAUUCCAAUGUACAUGAACUUGCAGCCAACUGUGAAGUUCUCAUCAUUUGUUGUGGGUUAACUGAACAAACCCACCAUAUGAUUAACAGGGAAGCCAUGCUAGCAUUAGGAAAAAAUGGGGUGAUAAUCAACAUUGGUCGCGGGGCAGUCAUCAACGAGAAGGAGAUGAUUCAAUGUCUGGUUGAUGGGGAGAUUGGGGGUGCUGGACUGGAUGUGUUUGAGAACGAACCCGAAAUUCCGAAACAGCUCUUUACACUUGAUAAUAUUGUGUUGUCACGACAUGCUGCUAUCACAACACAUGAAUCAUUUGUGGGAAUGUCUAAGUUGGUGGUGGAAAACUUGGAGGCAUUUUUCUCAAACAAACCUUUGGUGUCUCCCUAUAUGGGUUAUUAGUUGUGGUGCAGUUGAGUAAGGCUGAAGAGAGGUAGGUUGUUUACUGAGAAAAAGAGACAAAAAAACUUGAGAACAGACUCCAAAUACCUUAAUGUAUUAGAGUAUUCAACCUUUUCUUUUUCUUUUUAGAGAAUUAAUAUUUAUGGACA